UGGUGCAAUAAUUGUGAGAUCCAUAGUAUCACACUUAAAAGAUACGAAAAACUUGUGCAACAAAAAAUACAACAACUCGCCGAUAUUGAAGAAGAAGAUAUAUUAGUUCAAGAAAAGAUUCGCCUAACACAACAAGAUAUUCGGAACAUUCGAACAUACGAAACUCAAAACCGAAGUGAAACGGAAGAUUUUAUGAAACAUGUUUCUCAAAAUGAUGACAUUAUCUCUGUGGACGACAAUAAUGAUAUUGAUGAACUAUUGCGGGGUACAUCAAAAGCACUUCAAGUUCCACCCCCUACAAAAAGUUACAAGCCAAUGGUACCAGCAGCAUUUAUUUCCAAUAUACCACGUUCACUUUCACAAGAAUCCUUAAGAGCAACACUCGAAAGAGAAUUUGGAAAAGUGUUGGGAUUAACAGUUUGGGAAUACCACGCCCGACAGCCCUUACAAUUUCAAGAUGAAGAUGAUUGUUUAUGUCAUAUUACACCUACAAUUCAUAAUGCAUCGAGUAAUGUCAAUAAGAAAAUGGUAGUUUCUUUAAAACAAUUAUUUGGACCACAAAGUAAUCAAAUUAUUAAAAUUAAUAACAUUCCAACGUGUGGUCUUGGCGUUCGUCGAGGAGAAAAGGGGGUGAUGGCUUUUAAGAUUUGCUUUUGUGUGGAGGAACAUUGA